AGAAAGUGAAGUAAGCAUUUUUACUAAGUUUGAAAUUUGAGGAUAUUUAUUAGGAAUCAACUGUACAAUAUGUUUUAGCAAUUCAAUUAUUGUCAAGACCUUAAAAAUAACAGUUCAAAAAAUUAAUAAAUAUGAAUGAAGACAUCGUAUCCGUGGAGAUUCCUGUCGCUAUCAGCACCAAAAAUAUUCAACAUGAAUGUGACACAUUAAACGAUGGAAUUAAAUUUCUAUUAAGCAUAGCAACCCUUGAAAAGACUAUUUUAAAUCUUAAAAUCACUGUAAAAGAAGAUUUCAAGGUGAUCAGUUUACUCAGCCUCAAAAAACUGAACAAGAAGUUUAAGGAUCAAUGCAUCAUCAUCUUUGUAUCAACAGUCAACGGCAACAAGUUCUUGAUUUAUUGGAAAUCAGAAAAUAUUCAGCAAUUUUUGUCACUCAAGCCUUAUGGGAAGAGUUUUUCUGUGACAGAUGGACAACUUUGUGAAUAUGUUGUUGAGUUUCUGGAAAAUGAACUGCGAACUGGACAUUUAGGAAUCAACCCAAAUCUUGACAUCAUAACUACCAAUGGAAAAAUUGAGCUUCAUUCAUUAGCUGAUUCUCGUGACUUCAACUUGUUGCUCCUCGCAUCUGAGUCUGGAAAUGCCAAACCAAUUGAAACUCUUCUUAAAUAUGGCAUUGAAUCUCAAUUAAUGUUACAAGAUGGUGUUGUUGUCACAGCACAAAGUCUAGCAUGGCAUGGUUGUCAUUUUGAUGUGCUGCUGAAGUUGUUGCAAGUAAAUUUGACAUUUCCAUUGGAAAUGGACAUCAAUGAAUGUUCUGAGGAGCUGAAACAGUUCAUUGAGACAUCACAAGAGUUCCAUAAAAUGAUCCAAGACCAAAAUAAAGUUAAACUAGAUGAAAUUUACAAGCAACUUCCCAACCUUCGCUAUUUCUAUAAUCUUGUCAACAACUCAGCUCUCAAAACUUCACUAGACCUGAAAUUGUUUGAGAUUUACGAAUUUUUAAUCUCCAAAAACCUUUCAUUUGCUCCACACGAGGAUGUAGAAGAAAUUUGGGAGCAGUUCACAAAAUCAGAAAAGAUUAAGCUACGAAGCGUUAACCUCAAAUACCUUAAAGACAUUCCAGAAAAGCAUAUAAAUGUCCUCAUGUUCAACACAUCACUCAGUCAUGACGAAAUAGAUGAAGAAGGCAAGAAGAAGCUAAUCAUGCGAGCAUAUAAAGCCCUCAACAGUGAUCCACGACUAAAAAUAAUCCUCAAAGUCGUCGCAGCCAUGAAAAUUUUUCAUAUCAUUUUCGACUUCGAUCGUGACUCGACAUGCAGAAUUGAUCCAGUCACAAGUUCUAGAACUAAAGGAAUCUUUUACUUCUCUGGUAGAAUAAUUAUUGGUGCUAAACAGUUGCUCGAUCAAGAGACAGAGAAUGAAACAUUUAGUGUCUUAAUUCAUGAGCUUUGUCACUAUGCAGUCCUGGCUGUGUACCAGAAUCAGUCAGAUCCAUUUGCAGCUAAUGAUCAGGCAGGAAAAGAAGAAUUCACAAGAAUUGUUGAGUUAUGUCAGGAGAAUGUGAAUGAGGAACCAAUUAUUCAGUCAGUUUUUGAUGAUUAUCCAGCAGAGCAUCAAGCAUCAGAGUUGAUUGUUCGUCCGGCACAACUGAUUGCAUUGUACAAUCAUGAACCUGAGAUUCUGCAGGAAAUAAGUGAAAGUUUUGGUCCUCUUUUUGAUUAUUUUGAGAGAAUUUUACUUCCAGCUAUGGAAAGAACUUUGCCUGAGAUUGAGGGUAGGUUGGUGUAUAAAGCUACGACUACUUAUAACAAUUUAUCUGAUCAGAACAAGAAGAAAGUUUCAAAUGCCUUUGUUAUGUUUAAAGAUGUAGAAGUAAGGCUUUGUGAGUUAUUUAUAGAGAAUUUUGGAGUUUUUGAGAAGCUUACAUCCGAUCACAUCUCACAAAUGUUAAAGAAUGAGGUUUUGAACCUUGAUGAUCCACAACUGAGGUACUUAGAAGAAUUAGUCAGUUUAAAAUGGGAGAACUUGCCACAAAAAUUAAGGAAAAAAUUCUUAAAUUUAACUUUGAAUUUCCAAGGAGAGUCUGUCAAGUUUGAAGCUUUAAGUCUAAUAUGUCCAGCUGCUUUCCAUGCCUUGACAUCCCAGCAAAUUAUUGAUGUGUUAAACAACAAAACAGAAUUCUCAAUCGGAAGUAAAUUUAAUCCCGAAAGUGAAUUUCAUGUUGAACGAAGUUUCAUUCCUGAAGAUGCAAAAUUAAUCAAUUUUGAGUAUGAAUAUGGACAUGAUUAUGUUUAUGAUAGCAACACCAGUGCUGAGAGGAAGAAAGUAAGAACUAUGAACACAAGUUUUGAGGAAUUUAUUAAGAAUUUUAUAAAGCAAAACUUUGAUGAUUUAACUCAAAUUUUACAAAAAGUAAAGGAGAAUGCGUCACUAAAGCUUUGGUCACCUAACCUCAAUCAUGAAGAUUUUCACUUUCUGUAUAGAAAUUCGGAUCAAAUAAUUGAAGUUGCUGUUAAUAAGAAAAUUUUGUUACUAUCUUCAGAAGCUGGUGCUGGUAAAACUUCAACUUUUGAACAUCUUGUUGGAGAUUUGAAGGUUAAGUAUCCUAGUCGAUGGGUCUUUUACAUCGACUUGUCAAAACAUGUUAAAUUAUACAAAAUCAAUGAAAAUGUUCUGGAUUUAUUAAAGAACAUUUCAAAGCUUAACAACGACUUUGAGGUUAGAAUCUUUGAAGAAUGCUUCAAGUCUGGCAACUUAGUCCUCAUUUGGAAUGGAUUUGAUGAAAUUUCUCCAACUUACAAUGACUUUAUCGUGAAUAUCUUUAAAUUUAUCCACAAAACCACUUCAAAUAUCCAAUUUAUAAGCACCAGACCUUUAUAUUCUGAGCAGUUGAGGAAGGAAUUUAAGAUUAGGACUUGGCAGUUGGUUCCUUUUGAUGCAAAAAAGAAACUUGAAUUUUUAAGGAAAACUUUGAUUUCUAAAAAUGAUGAAAUUGAUAAAAAUAUUCAGAAAAUUCAGAAAAUCAUUCAAAGUUUAAAGUUUAAGGAUCUAAAUGCUUACUUCUUUAAUACACCAUUAAUUCUGAAAUUACUAACUGAGAUCAGCAACCAAAACAUUACAGAAGCAAAUACAAUAAAGUUCAAAGAAGAUCAAAAGCCACAUAAAUGUUAUGAAACUCCCCAGCAGACUUUAAAAUUUCCCCAAAAGACUUCAAAACAGACCCUUAAUCAAGACAUUCCAAACAUUUACAAAAUCUUCGAAUUUUUUAUUGAACGAAAAAUUGAAAUUUAUCUGCAAAAAAGCAAAAACUCAAUCAGCAUAGCCAAAAAGCUGAUCCUUAGUGGCUCAAUCAAGCUAAUCUUCCAGAAAUUCGCACUGCUUAAUGAAUUCAGAAUUUUUUCAACAACUACAUUGGGAUUAAAAUUAAAAAAGCUUCAAAUAAUGCAAAAGGAACUGCCACAUGACCUAAAAUCAGAAGAAAUAUCAAGUUUUGGAAUUUUAUUUAUCAACGGCAAAAAUAAGUUUGAAUUUUCUCACAAAACUUUGGCUGAAUUUUUUGUUGCUCAAUAUUUUAUUGAAAAUAUUUACAAUGCAGACAGUGAUGUGAACUGUGAUGAAGCUGAGCUAAGGCUUGAAUUAUUUUAUCAUUUGACAAAAGUUUAUGGCGAUGUGCAGCAGAUAAUAACUGACUUUAUGGCGGCAUAUCUCACACAAAGUGUUAAAACCUUCAAUCCAACAUUUGCAAAGCUUUUAAGAACAAAAUUCAGGAACUUCUUCAUCAGAAUGUUGGACACAAAUCACCCAAAAGUGUUUAAAUUUCUAUUCAAUUUCUUCAAGUCUGACCAUGACUUACUAGCUGAUUUGCUGCAUGUUAACGAUGAUGAGACUUUUUACACAGCAAUCUUUAAUCCUAAUCAUUUUGGACUGUCUGUAAAUCCUGAAGAAAUCAAAGUUCUGUCUCAGGAUUGUCUAAAUGAUGAUGAAUUAAGGAAAUUUUUGACUGGAAGGAAUCAAGUUGGUAAAAUGCUGCUUGGAAGUCACUUUUAUGGGCUGUUGGGGGUGACAAAAAUAAAUGAGGAUGAUUUGGAACUUAUAAAAUUGAGUUUAGACUUAAAAGAUGUCAAGCUGUGUAGUAAAGCAAUCACAGAGCUUAAGUGUCAAACCAUAGAAGUCAAAGAAGAAGUUGAGGUUCCAAACAAACACAACAUACCUCCUACAAACUUCAAAAAUACCCAGUUUCGGCAAUUUAUAAUAAAAAUCAAAGAUAAGCUAACAAUUGGGGAGCAAAAAGCUCUAUUCAUGACUGCCUUAAGUCCAAAAGUUUACUUAUUCUACAAAAUGUUCAGCUCUUCUGACUUUCCUGAGUAUUCAAAACUUUGGACGACUUUUGAAAAUUUAUUGACUUCAAGGGAACUCCAAGAAGCUCUAGGAAGUGCCAUAGUUGACUACUUUGAAAUUGAAGCUGGUGACAAAAUUGGACAUGAAAUUUUUUUGACAAUUUUCAUAGAAAAAGCUGAGAAAUUUUUGACUGAUUCUCAAAUUUUUGAAAUGUUUUUGACUAAAAGUAUUUUUCAUAAGGCACAUUGGGAUCCAAAUAGCUUUAAAAUAUUGUGGAACUUCCUAAAAAAUCAUACAAACCAGGAACAACAAAGGAAAAUUUUACUUCAAGAUGAUUUUAGUGACAAAAAUUUUGAUUUUUAUUAUUCGUACGAUGAAAGUAAGAACUUGUACUCAAAUUAUGAAUAUUCUUAUUACUACUAUAACUUUACACCAAUGAAAAUCCUGCAUAAAUCCUUAACAGUCUCAAACAAAAGUAACUUUGAGUUCACAAAACAAAUUCAUCAAAAUUACUUCAAUCAAAUAGAAUUUCAGGACAUAAUUGCAUCCUCAAAUGACUUUAUUUGCUAUGUUAUUGGAAGAGCCAAUGAUCAAGUUUGUAUGAAUUUUGCAUCAUUCUUACUAGAACUAUUUAAAGGACAUAAAAUGAAGUUGAAAGAAUUUCUAGAUCGAAAAAUUAAGCCAACAAAUUUAACAAUUUUUGAGUUUGUCGAUGAUUUUCAAGGACUUUCUCAUUCUGAGCCUCAUUGGUUUAACAAUCUUGACACUUUUGUUGACUUGCGCAGGAAAUUGGAUGAUAUUUUGUAGCUUUUGAACUUGGAAAUGCAAUAGCAACUGAGAAAACAGAUGGAAGUGAAGUUCAGAGUACAUUUAUUGCGACCAAUGUUGCUAGGACACACGACGUAGUCUUAGGAAUUGACUACGUACCAGAAUCUUUACAAUGAGCAGAGCUUACAAGUAGUUCGGAUUCCACUAUGAUUGUUAUUUUUAAAGAAAAUCAAAUAAAUUCAAUUUUAAUGAUUUGUAGCUUAUAAAUUAUUUAACUUUAUUUUCUUAUACUGUUAAAUGUGAUUCAAUUUUAUUUACAGAAUAAUAUUCAGGAGUUCCAUAAUUAGCACGACUUAUAUUAAAAUUAAAUUCCACCUAAACAACAUCUCGCAUGUAAGAUGGCUUUUGGUAUUGAUCAGGAUGGUUCUUCUUGCGAUGCGCCAACAUAUUCGAUUGAUUCCGACUGAA